UUACAUUCCUAUUUUGAAUCAGACAUCAAGUUCGCUUUGACUGCUUUGACUUGGAACAAUUUCUUUUUCGAUUUUAAAAUCUAAAGUCAAAAUAAAUUGAAAAUGAAACGAACCACACAGCGUCACGAGAGCGAAAGUUCAUCUCAAGGCACAUCGAAGAGCACAUCAAAAAACUCAUCGCACGGGAAAGGCAUUUUAAAAUCAAGCGCGGAAAGUCGUCCGAAGCAACGACGUUCCAAAAAGACAGCCACAUUUGACGAGCAGAAUAUCGCAUCCACAUAUCAUCCAUUGGACAAGAACUAUGGUUAUGAUAAGAUUUCCGAGCCGCCGACACCAUAUCAUCAUUCUCCCGUACGACGGGGCAGCUAUUCGACUCCUUUAGAUGCGGAAGCUCUUUCCAGAAAAUUGCACAAAAUGAUAUCGGAAGAUGAACUGCACGAAAAAAGUUGCGGUAGCGACAGACAAAGUACAUUUCAUCGAGACAUGAAGUCACAUUAUAAGGAUGAGGCUGGCCUGGCAUUCGGAAAACAUUAAAUUUUCGUUUAUGA